AGGCUGGGCAGCCUGUCACUCCCCACUGGCCCCCCGCAGGUGCCGGCAGCUGGCUUGGCGCUUCUCUCGGCCGCCCACGAUGGUCUCAGGACUGCCCAGCGUCGCCGGCCUGGCGCGCUUCUGCCAGAAGCUGAAGCGGCUGAAGCCGCUGGAGGAGGCCACCAUGGAGACGUCCUUGCAGCGCUGCCUGUCCACGCUGGACCUGACCCUGCUGGGCGUGGGGGCCAUGGUGGGCUCGGGCCUCUAUGUGCUCACUGGCACCGUGGCCAAGCAGAUAACCGGCCCGGCCGUGAUCGUGUCCUUCACCGUGGCCGCCAUGGCCUCCCUGCUGGCGGCCCUGUGCUACGCCGAGUUCGGGGCACGCGUGCCCCGCACGGGCUCUGCCUACCUGUUCACCUACGUGUCCAUGGGCGAGAUGUGGGCCUUCCUCAUCGGCUGGAACCUGGUGCUCGAGUACGUCAUCGCUGGCGCCGCCGUGUCCCGCGCCUGGAGCGGCUACCUGGACGCCAUGUUCGACCACCGCAUCCGCAACUUCACCGAGGCCCACGUGGGCGUCUGGCAGGUGCCCCUCCUGGCCAGAUACCCAGACUUCCUGGCAGUUGGCAUCCUGCUCUUGGCCUCCCUCUUCGUCUCCUGCGGAGCCCGUGUCUCCUCCUGGCUCAACCACACCUUGUCUGCCGUCAGCAUGGCCGUCAUCCUCUUCAUCGUCAUCCUGGGGUUCAUCCUCGCCCGCCCGCGCAACUGGGGCCAGGAGGAGGGCGGCUUCGCGCCCUUUGGCUUCUCCGGAAUCAUGUCCGGCACGGCGACCUGCUUCUACGCCUUCGUGGGCUUUGACGUCAUCGCCGCCUCCAGCGAGGAGGCCCGGAACCCGCAGCGAGCUGUGCCCCUGGCCAUCGCCAUCUCACUCGGGCUGGCGGCCGGCGCGUACAUCUUGGUCUCCACCGUGCUCACCCUCAUGGUGCCCUGGCACAGCCUGGACCCCAACUCUGCGCUCGCCGACGCCUUCUACCAGCGGGGCUACAGCUGGGCUGGCUACCUCGUGGCAGCUGGCUCCAUCUGCGCCAUGACCACUGUCCUGCUCAAUGGCCUCUUUUGCCUGCCACGCAUCAUCUACGCCAUGGCCGCCGACGGGCUCUUCUUCCAGGCAUGUGCCUACGUGCACCCCCGGACACAGGUGCCUCUGGUGGGCAUCCUGGUGUUCGGGGCCCUCACGGCCUUCGUGGCGCUGCUGCUGGACCUCGAGGCGCUGGUCCAGUUCCUGUCCAUCGGCACCCUGCUGGCCUACACCUUCGUGGCCAUCAGCGUGAUCGUGCUGCGGUUCCAGAAGGCCCCUCCGUCCAGUUCCCCGAGCCCAGCCAGCCCCGGCCCCGCGGCCAAGGAGUACAGCUCCUUCUCAGACCACAUAGAGCUGGUGGGCACGGAGCCGGGCACGGAGCCGGCCCCGGCCCCGGAGCCCGGGCAGCUGCGGCCAGCCCUGAGGCCCUACCUGGGCUUCCUGGAUAGGUGCAGCCCCGGAGUGGCCGUGUCUUCGGCGAUCUUCGUCCUGGUGAGCUCGGCCGUCGCCCUGGACUGUGUGCUCAUCUUUGGGGAGGCGUACCUGCACCUCCCCCGCUGGGGCUACAUCCUGCUGCUCCUGCUCUGCGGCCUCGUGUUUCUGCUCAGUCUCCUCGUCCUGGGGGCCCACCAGCAGCAGCGCCAGCAGGGCACCUUCCAGAUGCCCAUGGUGCCCCUGGUGCCGGCGCUGAGUGUCCUCCUCAACACCUGCCUCAUGCUGAAGCUCAGCCACCUGACAUGGGUCCGCUUCUGCAUCUGGCUGCUCAUCGGGCUCUCCGUGUACUUCGGCUACGGCAUCUGGCACAGCAAGCAGAACCAGCGAGACCCGCCAGGGGUGGCCACCACGCGCUACGUGGUUUUCCCCAGCGGCGGCCUGGAGGAGACGGUGCAGGCCGUGCAACCCCCCAGCCAGGCACCAGCCCAGGGGCCCCGCGGCCCCUGA